AUGACCAAAACUAGAGCUAAAAGAAAGAGCCAUAAGUGUGAUAAUUGUCGAAAGUUGAAGAUUGCUUGCGAUAGGGUGAGACCCAGUUGUGAAUAUUGUGUGGCGACUAAUAGGACAUGUGUUUACGAAGCUGAUUCAUUAGUUUUUGCCUCUGAUCUCAAUGCCACAAGCGAAUCAUCAAUAGACCCAAGUCCCACUUCAUCUGAUGGAAUCGAAAAUUACCUUGUAUUUUACCCCAUUAACGAUAUGGUAAACCAAUUAAGUAUCAGUAGAUUUGAAUUAAAACUAAUGAAAUUCUUCAAUGAUUCAUACUUGCCGUCUUUAAUAGAGAAACGUCAAAUGGAUGUGAAUGUCAAAUUUCAAAUUCCUUACACUUGGACCAUUUCAAGAGUUCUCCGUCAAACUGUUUACAGUUUAUCAUGUUUGGUACUUUAUAAUCUGGAUGAUCGAGGAAAGAAAUAUCUUAGGGAAGAUAUAGAAGGAGAAAUGAGUGAUCAGGAAUUAUACUUUAAAACCAUGGAUUAUUUCAAUCAAUGCUUACCUUUACAUCAAAAGAGUGUGGAUUUGUUGGGUGCUGGCACCCCAACAGUGCAAAGUGUUGAUCAUGCUUUAGAAAUGGUUCUUUCAAGUGUUUUACUCUACACAUUUUUAAUCCUCCAACCUUUCAAUGUUUUACCUUUGGUGUGUAAUGAAGGUGGCCCGGAUCUUCUAUCGAUGAUCAAAGGCAUGAAACUUUAUAUGGGUCCGUCUUUUGCAAUGUUGGCUCAUACGAGGUUUAGUUCUUUAAGUAGUCUUUGUGGUAAAUCUGACUUCUAUUACGUCAAUUGUAUUGAAGAAUUCUUCCUUACUCAACAUUUGAGAGAUCAGCUAGUUUCCAUACAAGGACAGUAUGAAUUUUCCAUGUAUCUUGCUUUAGAAAAAAGUAUUGAUACAUUAAGAGGGUCUUUGAAUAACUUGAUCAGAUACCGCAAUGCUUCUUGUUUAUAUAGUUGGAUAUUUUGUAUGGACCAGGAAGUAAUCGAGCUCAUGCGUGAUGGAGAUUAUUUCGGAUUAAAGUUAUUGUUUUAUUAUUCAUGCUUUAUAAUAUGGUGUGGAUUAUCUGACCGUCCAGAAAUGAUUUUACUGUUCUGUAAUCAAUUCAAAGAUUACAAUUUUCAACAUUUUGGUGGGUGGUUCGAUGAGUUGGAUUUCUAUUCUUAUACACUUUGUUUAAAGCCAUACCAAUUCCCUCCGGAAUCACUUGAACUGUGGGAAUGGUUUAAUCCUAAGAGUGUUGUACUUAAGGAGUUUGGGUCUAGCGAUGCUGCUCAAGAUACUGAAUCAACUAAUUCCACUUCAUCGAGUGGUACACCUUCUUUCCGUGUUGAGGCUUCAGUUGAAAGUUUCCAGAUUCCAGAUAAUUUGACUAUAGAGCAUGAUUUGGGUAUGAUCCCAAUCCUAUGA